CUAUGGGGCUAUAAAGAACCAUGCUCAGGAGGGGGACCCCUCGCGUAGGCUGAAGAAGACGGAAUAUCUCGGAUACGCUUUUUUGUCGGGAAGUCUUGUAUUGUCUAUGACAAAUCCGAUUUGGGUAGUGAAGACGCGGAUGUGUCUGCAAUACGAAACCCUAGCUACUCAACGAGUUCCGACUCUAACUACCUGGGGCAACCUGGUCUCACUGUGGCGACUGGAGGGCAUAAAAGGCUUGUACCGCGGUUUCCUGCCGGCUCUCAUAAACAUGAGCAACGGAGCUAUUCAAUUUCUUUCGCCCGUCGAGUACCUGACGAUGGCUACGAUCUCUAAGUUUUUUGCCGAUUUUUUAGACCUUCCUUUUUACAUUUCUAUCAUGCAAACCGGUGUGUAA